CUGUGCACCCUGCCAGUCACCGGCUGCGAGUCUCUAACAAUUUUCGGAAUUCGUCUCACCCCAAGACGGUACCGGCUUCCUCUGCUGCUUUCCAGUAGGAAAAUGCUCGACUAGUAACUUUAUCCGAGUGAGAGAAACCGUCUCUCACUCGUAAUAGUAAUUUCUGUCACCUUUCUAUUUCUCGCUACUACAGAUGCCGAUCGCUUCAAUCUCUCUGUUCCUCCACCGAAACUCCUCCGUCAACAACUUCGUCCGCCGCAUUACCACCUUUUGCCACCUCCCGGUCGACGCAGCUAACCAACAUCAACAGAAGAACCCUAACAAUGUCUCCAGAAAACCCCAACCGUACAAGAAUGUCCUCGGAACCAAACAUACAUUCAAGGAAUAUUCCUCCCUGGCGCCUGUACUCUCUCUGGAGGAUAAACCUCGCCUGUCCGAUUCCCAAGCUAUCGGUAUUGUCGCUGCCGCCCAAGCUAACUUCAUGCGUGUGAUCGUCCAAUUACUCCCUUCCUACUCUGAGCUUUCUAGUACCUUCCAGAAGAGCGAAGAUCGAGCUUCUAGUAUUCUCUCCAAGAGUAAAAUUGGUGUUGAGUUGCUGUGUGUGGUGAAGGCAGUGUUGAAGAAGAUAAAGAGAAGAGUACUGGUUGGAGACAAGGUAGUGGUGGGGUCCAUAGAUUGGGGGGAUCGAAGGGGCAUGAUCGAGAAUGUGUUUCAACGGAAUUCGGAGAUUUUGUACCCUCCGUUGGCUAAUGUGGAUCGCUUGUUGGUGCUUUUCUCUAUGGAGCAGCCGAAGAUUCAGCCUUUCACGCUCACGAGGUUUCUUGUCGAGGCUGAAUCCGCUGGCAUACCAUUGACGCUCGUUUUAAAUAAAUCGGAGCUUGUAGAUGAACAGACAUUGGUUUUGUGGAAAUAUAGACUGCGGAGCUGGGGCUAUGAACCAGUGUUUUGUAGUGUUGAGUCCAAGCGAGGACUUGAUUCUCUUGCAUUGAGUCUGAGGAAUAAAACUACAGUUGUUAUGGGUCCUAGUGGAGUUGGGAAAUCUCGCCUGAUUAAUGCUCUGAGAAACAAUCCCCGUGCUUAUGAUGCUGCAGGAGUGGAUAAUUUGUUUGACUCUAAACUAGGAAGCAAGAGGUUUGAGGAACAACGUGUUGCGGAAGUUUCAACAAGAAGUGGCAGAGGGAAGCAUACCACUUGUAAUGUUUCUUUGCUUCCACUAUCUGGAGGAGGGUAUCUUGUUGAUACUCCUGGGUUUAGCCAGCCUAGUUUGCUUAAAGUAACAAAGCAAUCUCUCGCACAGGCAUUCCCUGAGAUCCAGAAAAUCCUUAGAGCUAGUGGAUGCAAGUGUGCAUUCAAUGACUGCUUACAUGUUGGUGAACCUGGAUGCACUGUGAAAAGGAAUUGGGAAAGAUAUUCGUUUUAUUUUCAACUCGUUGAUGAGAUCAGAAUCUGGGAGGAAUUUCAAUCGAGGACUUUUGGAACCAAAAAAGAGGCUGAUGUGAGGUUCCCAACUUUGCGGAUACUCCGGGUAUGAUCACCGAAUUAUGAAUUGCCACGCUGCAGGUACAAGGCUGGAGACAUGGGUGUCCAGCAAGCAGAACCUCGUUUGGAUCCCAAGAAGCAUAGAACAGCGUCUCGCAAAAGGAUCAACCAAUCAAUAAUAGAUGAGUAGGAUGAAGUAGAUGAUGAGGACAACUUACUAGUGGAGGAAAGUGAUCCCAUCUUGACUCGGGGGGGCACCAAGGAAUGAAAAUCAGUAGGAAUCUUUAACAAUGACGGAGUACAUGGUAAACGGGUAGUAGUUUGACCCGCUUGCUCAUCACACGGAUUGAGCUCAAUUUGUGAAGAUCACAAUCCUAGACUAAUCAGCAUUGCUUUAAACCGAGUGCCAUUUCCACGAUUAGCAACUAACAAGAAUGAUGCUAUGUCAUGCUUGAUUGUUAAUACAGAAGUUGUGCCCGUAAGGUUGAUUUUGCACAAACAGGCUGCACAUCUAAGGAACUGGAUAAUUGAAUUGCAAUCUCUGCUAGUAUAACAGAAUUAGUUCUGUGAACACUAUCGGGUCCUUAGGAGACGGCGCGCGUUUCUGUCUGUUUUGUCAUUAAACGAACCUAUUUUUCUUUUAUGGGAGCGUUGCUCCUACGGUUUAAGAUCAAUAUUGUCUAAUAGCAUAUACCUUGAAACUUUUCUUAUCAACAAUAGCUACACCUUAGCAACGUUUUGUGGCCUAUAAGAAAGACAAGGUCCUCGCUAG